AUGGCCACUAACGAGAGUUUGCCCUUGUUUGUGGCACAGGAAACGCUCUGCACCUAUCCCAUCAGCACCGUGUACAACAGCUGUCCCCGAUAUCUGUAUUAUGCGCUUCUCUUCGUCUCCUGCGCGACGCGGUGGCGGGGAUGGCUGGCGGACGUCUUUCUAGGGACGGCAGCGACGUAUGCCGGAACGGCGGCCAUCCAGGCUUUCAUCUUGGUGGCUAGUCGCAAGCGUGUCCCCGAGGCGACGACAAUCUCGAUUCCCUCCGUGUCGAAUAGCACGCCUCUGAUCGACUAUUUCCCAUCGAUAGUGACGAACCAGACGUGGUUGCCCCUUCGUCCAUCCACCCAGGACCUGGACGGUGACGCGGUGCUGGCCAUCGUGGUGACGGGGUAUCUGGUCUUUCUACCCCUGCAGUGCUGGUCUCGCAGUCUGCAAUACAAGCGCUCCAAGUACGUGGUGAUCUUUCUGUGGAACCUGAUGAUGCUGGCGGGCACCAUCUGCGCCCUCGUCUACUGGCCGACCCUGGAGAGAACGCCCAAGCAGUACAUGUUCUGCAAUCCAUUGUUCCCGCCGGCCGACAUGAUCUCCAGCGAUGGCUGGCAACCCAAGCUAUGGGCAUCUACGUGGAACGAAACCGUCUGGAGCCUGUUCAGAAACGAUUCACUCCUGCAAGAACUAGAGAGUGUCUGCUUUUAUCCGUGCUUCAACACCACCCAGGUCCUGCGAAAAGCGACCGCUCUCCAGGCCAGCGUGGCCGUGGACGGGCUGAGUGACACGUCGCAGCGCGGUCUUUGGAACAAGGUCACCUACUCGAAGAGCUACAUCUAUGCCCUGAUCGCGAUCUCGGUAGGCCUCAACUUUGCCCUGAUGACCUUUCAAUUCCUCGCCUAUCCAUCGCGAAUCCCGUCGCUUCACAUGUCCGUAAUCUGGAAGGAAAGGAAAUCCAUAUACUCGGGUAUCAAGCAAGAUCUUCGACAGUCGCUGAUCGAAGUCCGACGGAUGUUGGCACAAACGGACUCCCAGUUCUGUCUCGCGAAAGCCCUACGCGUAUACCGACUGUUCAGCCCGCAUUCCUUACGACGUUGGAUAUUCCCAAUUAUUGAUAUCGUCUAUCUGAUCGCUUUCGGACUGAGCGUCGUGGCCAGCCCUUUCACGGCGAUCGCAUUCGUGGUCUGGAUCGAAUGGUAUAUCCGCAACGACGGACCACCGCAAGAGAAUAUCCAGCAGGUCGGCCAGUGGUCGCCUCUCGUGGCCUUUGGUCUGGUUCUGAUUUCGGCGGGGAUUCUACGCUUGCGAUAUCAAGUUGCCUCGACCGAUGAAUUGGACCACGAAAUUACCAAGACGCGAUCAAAGCUGGAGAAGUUAGAGGGCUUGAAACGAGUGCAAUCGGCCAAGUUUCCACCAACAUCGAACCUGGCAGUGUAA